AUAAAAUAUUAGUUGUUAAUAAAAUUUAGUAGACUAAUUAAAUUGUUUUUUUUUAAUUUAACCAACACAAAAAGACAUUUGGAUAUAAUUUUUUCAUGAGUUUCUAAAAUCCUCUUAAUUUUGUUUUAAUCUCACUCUCUCUUCCUUUUUAAUACUUUUCUUUAUUAAACUCCUCGAAAGUUUUUCGGUAGACCCGUUCUAAUAAAAUGUUUGACGGUAAAUGGCCUAACGCCUAGACCAAUUAACCGAGAUCAAAGAGCAUUUCUAAUGAGAGAAUUUAGUUUUGGGUUUUAAAAGUACAUAUAUAUAUGUGUAUAUACUUCCUCCGUUCCUUAAAAAUACAUAUUUUAGAAAAUAAUUUUUUUCUAAAAGAUUUUAUAUUUUUAAUGUAUGUUUUAUUAACUAAUUGUAAACUUCAAAAAUUUUAAUUGCACUAAUUAGUUUUUUAUUGGCUUAAAAUUGUGAAAAGAAAAUAAACACAAAAAAUAUACAAAAUUUAAUGUAUUUUAUUAAAAUGUGUGAAAAAACUAGAAUAUUAAUCUUUUAGAAACAUAGAGAAGUAUUAUAUAUUUAUAUAUAAUUGCGGAGUUUUAAAUUUUAUGAAAAACGUAACCUAAUGUAUAUGUAAUUUUAUAACUUCAAAACUAAAUCUCUUCGAUAAAAUUGCUCUAAAAACAACCGUGUCGGUGGAAGCUGCUUCAAGGUUUUUACAAUAAAAAUAAUAUUUUAAUGUGUUAUGGUUGCCUAUUUAAAUUUAACUGUUUUAGAUAUAUGUUAACUAAUGAAAGUGAAACAAGUGUCAUUAAAAUUUCUAGACAGACAUGUUCGUAGUGGUUCAGAGAACCUCUGCCAUCCAUCUUUCCUAUUUUUUUUUAGUUUUUUUUUAUUUUGAUUUGUUUAGAUAUUUCUCCGCAACUUCCGUUGGAAAAGCUGUUAGGCUUAUUGAAUUUAGUUACCUUUAUCAUAUUUUGAAACUUGUAUCCUGAAAGUUGAAACAAUUUAUGAAGUAUGUAAUAUCAUCUUAAUAAAAUCCAUGCGCACGAAUAAAUAAGUAUGAAAACUGACUGAUCUAAAACAAUAAAUCCAAGUAAACUGAAUCAACCAAUUGAGAGAAAUUGUUCUGUUCAAAUUCUAUCACAUUUCUUUCAAAGGAAACUGAUAAAACAGAGUAUCUAGUUCUAUUUUAUACGUCUACUAUUAGUUACUCUAAUAAGUUUUGUGGUUAUUAUUUAUUCCCAUCCGGAUCGGUGUGGCAGCAUUAUACGUCACAAUACCAUUGAUAUGCCCAUUUCGAUUAAAUUUCUGAUUUUCUCAUCAUCUUCUUGGAAAAGAAAAGGAAUUAGACAUCGUUGCAAAAUAAACAACGUGCCAUUUGUUCUCUAACGGUAUAUGAUUGUAAACCAUUCCAAUCUCUUAUGCACAAUAUCUAUAAUGUGAAAAAGAAAUGUUGGUUGUUAAAUUAUAUCGGGGUUGCUUCUGUACACCUUCGUUUAUCUAUAUUACUUUCUCGAUAAUGUUCAAUACGUAUUCUAGACUUUAGUACAGUAUGAAUCACUGUUCGUAAUAUCGGUUGCUUAUUGGCGGCCUGAAGACCCGUACAUUUUCUUAGAGCGAGGUAUAGAUGAAUGUUAAAUUACUUUUUUUAUUUUUUAUUUUUAUAAAAGAACAGAUCUCUAUCAACGGAAAUCAAAUCUAUGAUUUAUUAAACUUUACUAGGUGAUUUUUAUUGUAUUACAAAAAACUAUAUUUAGUCCAAAAAAAAAGUUAUAUUACAAAUUCGAAUGAACAAAUUCAGAAUAUAAUAUAAUAUUAAUUUGACAGAAUCAAAGCUGGCAAAAAAUAUAAUAUAAUAUUUUGAUUUCAAUCAUACUUGGCUUUGGGUUUUCAUUACCUUGGGUGUCAAGGUGUUGUUCUUUGUUAGGUGUUCUCACCGCUUUUGAUUAAUAAUCAACUCAGACGUUAAAAAAGAAUGAAAAGUAAAUGCGAGGAAAGUAGAAAGAAAGCGGCGAGUCUCACUUGAAACUCUCUCUCCACGGGCUUAGCACGAAGACGGCUAUCUAUAAAAUGAGUCAAUUUUCUUUACUCUCAGACAGAACCAUUAAGAUGACUUCUUCUACUCCACCAACCAUCCCGAAGUACGAUGUCUUUCUGAGCUUCAGAGGACUCGACACUCGCCGCAACUUCAUCAGCUUCCUCUACAAAGAACUCGUCCGAAGGAACAUCCGCACCUUCAAAGACGACAAGGAGCUCGAGAGCGGCCGGAAGAUUUCGCCGGAGCUAGAACGCGCCAUCCAAGAAUCCAAGUUCGCCGUAGUUGUGAUCUCCGCGAACUACGCCGCGUCCACUUGGUGCCUUCAAGAACUCGUCAAGAUCAUGGAUUUCGUCAACAAGGGCUCACUCACCGUGAUCCCCGUCUUCCACGGCGUUGAGCCGUGUCACGUGAGGUGGCAGAUGGAAAAAUUCGCCGUACAGUUUGAGGAGCACAAGAGCGAAGAUCGCGAGAAAGUCCUCUCGUGGGGACACGCGUUGACCAAUCUCGCGAAUAUCUCCGGCCAUUGUUCAUCGGAAUGGGAAGAUGACUCGAUGAUGGUGGACGAGAUUGCUAGGAGGAUAUCAACGUGGAUUGACACAACGAGAAAACCAACAAGAACCGGAAGUAACCUAGUGGGGAUUGAUGUACACAUGAAAGCUGUGUCGCGGUUAAUAGAUCUGAACUCGAAGAAGAAGUCUGUGAGAGUGAUAGGUAUCUGGGGGAGAGGAGGCAACGGUAGAUCGGCUCUCGCUGAGUUCGUGUACAAGAACAUCUGUCAACACUUCGGAAGCCAUUGCUUCCUGGAGAAUGUGAAGAGGAUAUCUCAGGACCGUCACAUGUCGCAUCUACGCCAAGAGGUUCUUAAAAGGGUGCAAGUAGAAUCGAACCAGAAGGUUCUGCUAGUGGCGAACGAAGUUAAUAAACUUGAACACUUUGAUGCUCUUGCAGAGGAUUUCAGCUGUUUUGGUCCGGGGAGUAUAGUUAUCAUCACUACACAAGACAAGCAGUUGCUUGUUUCAGCCGGUAUAAAGCUUGUUUACGAAGCCGAGCCUCUGGCGUUCCAGAAAGUUCGUGAACUAUUCAGACAGUUAGGUUUCAGAGUCAGGGAGGGAGCUAUUGAGUCUGAAUUGUGUAAGGGAACUAAUCUUGCCAUGAAAUGGUUAGGUUGUUGUCUACCUGUUAGAUCUGGUUACAGGAAAUUGUCUUAAUUUGUUUUUUUUCAUGUAUCAUUAAGUUUAGUAUAUGGCUAAACUUAGUAAGAUGUGGCUAAAGAAUUUUCCUUUCUAAUAAAAACUUCGAACAAUUCUUUCCAUCUUAUCUAUUAAAAGAAAAGUCAUAGCUCUUUUCAUGUGUGAUAUUUUAAAAUAAAUCAUUCCCUAGAAUAUUGUUACAUUAUCUUUUAUAUUUACAUAACAAAAUCCUAACAAUAUACUUAGCUAUUUUUUAUUCCAAAUAUAUUAGUUCCCUUUUCAAAUAUAUAUCAUAUGUAAUUGUCUAUCUUAUCAAAUAAAUACAACAUCGUAUGUAAUCGUAUCCAUCACAUAAUUCUUAUGCAAUACUUUAAUAUCUAUAUAAUUUUGAGUUUAAAUAAUAUACAAUUUUGUUUAAAAAAUUAUAUGCUUUAAAAAUGAAGAUCAAAACCAAAUUUAUAUAAAAAUAUUUUAAAAGAUAAAUUAAUUUUAAAUUUGAUGAAUAAAAAUAAAACAAAUAUCCGCGCGGUUGCGCGGAUUAAACUCUAGUGUAUAAAAUUAAAUCAGAAAAAUCACAUAGGUAUAGGCCGGGGCUAUAGGUUACAACUUUAUCGACUUUUCAAACUGAAGAGUUCAGAUUAAGGUUAUGAAUGGGGUUUGCGGGACGGGACGUAAUUGAUACAGUACAAGUGCGAUUUUCAAAAUGUUACCAAUCAGCAAUUACAAAACUAAAAAGGCGGUUUUGUUUAAAUACCGCACUCAGCAAAAAAAUGUUUUUGUUUGUUCUAUCACGUAAAAUAACGCACUUGUUUUAUAGCAUCUUCGAUUUUGGUGUGGUUGAAGUGCGUUUUUAACUGUAACACUUACGUACUAUCAUCAUUCAAUUAAUAAUAUUCACCUGUUACAUGAAAACCUUACGUACUAAUUGAAGUAUUUUAAUAUAUAUUUGUUACAAAAAUAAUUGGUCAACCAAAACUUUAAAAUAAUAUUUCAUGUUUUCAUGAAAAAUGUCAUUUGAAGAUUUUUUUAUUUUUUCUGCGGUUUAUAAUAUAUAUACAUUUAUGUAACUAUUUUAAUAUAUAUAAAAAUAUAUUAAAAAUAUAUACAUUUUUCAUUUACACAU